AUGGAUAUGAAUUCAUUUUUACCCAUUCAAGUUCCUUGGACUCCUCAAACAGCUACCUCGGCGCCCAAACAGGCUCCUUCCUUCUUUCCAUAUGCUGAUAAUGCAGGGACUGUUGCAGCAAUAUCAGGGACAGAUUUCGCUGUCCUUGCUGCUGAUACUCGACAGAGUGCGGGCGGUAACUAUUUGAUCAAUACACGAUAUCAACCGAAAAUGUUCAAAUUAUCGAAUGGUUCGGUUUUCGGAACGUCAGGGUUUUAUGGUGAUGCAACGACUUUUCUUAACAGGAUCAAUCAAAGAUUAGAGUGGUAUAGACAUGCACAUGACAAGGAGAUGUCAACUCCAGCGCUCGCUCAGUUGAUAUCCAUCCUGCUGUACUCUAGACGAUUCUUCCCAUAUUACGUGCGCGUCUUAUUAGGAGGUUUGGACUUGGAAGGCCGUGGUGUGGUUUAUGGUUAUGACUCAAUAGGGUCCUAUGAAGCCUGCCUUUCCCGAGCUGUUGGAUCUGGUGGGAAGAUGAUUCAGCCCUUCCUUGACAAUCAAAUCGAACGUAAGACACAAACUGGCAUCUUGCGAGCACCACUUACGUUAGAUAAAACGAAAACUAUUAUGAGAGACGCUUUCACAUCAGCUGCCGAGAGAGAUAUCUAUACUGGAGAUUAUGUGGAGAUAUUUACUAUCACCGCUCAAGGUGUGAAUGUGGAAAAGUUUGACCUGAGGAAAGAUUAA